AUGAAAUCGACUUCAUUAUAUAUUUAAAAUAAUCCAGAAGCAAAGAAAUUCUUAAAUGAGUCUUGUAAUGGAAAAGUAGAAUAUGUAGCAUACUUUGAUCAAACAAAUAGCUAACCAAAUGGAGUCACUCUUUCUUUUGAUGAUUUUGAUCCUUCACAAAAUAUGGGUUUAGAUGGUUUUCGUUAGAAAGUAUAGAGAGGGCCUCCUUAUCAUAGAUUUGAGUAUUAUUUUCCAAUAGGUUGCUAUGGAUUUGGGUUAAAUGUAGAUAAGUAUGUAAAAUAAUAUGGAAAUGAUUGGUUAAAAAAGGAUGGUAAUCUUAAUGAAUGGAGAAUUAUGUAUUAUGGUACCAAGUAAGCUGCUGUUAAUCAAAUUUUGAGAAAUAAUUUAAUUGCAGGUGGAGCAUAAGAUUACUAAAAUACUGAAUGUAUUGAUGAAUUUGGAAAUAAAGUUAAAGUAGGACGUGGAAUUUAUUUUUCUGAUAGAUUAUCAGUUUCCAAAGGAUAUAAAAACCCUGUUUAGACAGGAAAUAAGAAAUUUAGUGUUUAUUUCAUGUCUAGGGUAAAUCCCAGAAAAUUAGAUAAAGUGAGAGCGUGA